AUGCCAUCUUAUGCCAAGUUCCUUAAAGAUAUUUUAUCAAAGAAAAGAAGGCUGGAGGACUAUGAGACUGUUGCUCUUCCAGAGGAAUGCAGUGCCAUAUUGCAGAACAAGCUGCCACCAAAACUUAAGGAUCCAGGAAGCUUCUCCAUACAUUGUCUUAUCGGUAACAUGAAUAUAGAUAAAACCCUCUGUGAUCUAGGUGCAAGUGUGAGUCUAAUGCCUUUGUCAAUAUGUAAGAAGCUUGAUGUGGGGGAAUUUAAGCCUACAACAAUUUCAUUACAACUGGCUGAUCGAUCUGUAAAAUACCCUGUAGGCAUUCUAAAAAACAUCCCUAUCAAGGUGGAAAAUUUUUUUAUCCCAGUUGAUUUUAUUGUACUGGAAAUGGAGGAGGACGUCCAAAUCCCUAUAAUCCUGGGAAGAUCUUUUUUAGCAACUGUUAGAGCUGUCAUAGAUGUUAAGAACGGACUUUCAACUCUCAAGGUAGGAGAUGAAGAAGUGGAGUUCAACCUGUUCAGCGCAAUGAAACACAAACUUGAACCUAAUGAAUGCUUCAAGGAUCAAGGAAGCCCUGAUUUUAGCACCAAUAAUGCAACCACAGGAUUGGGAACUACCAUUCGAGGUGAUGUACGAUGCAAGAGACUAUGCAGUUGGAGCAGUGCUCGGGCAAAGAAAAGAUAA